AUGGAGUUUCCGCGGGGCCCGAGGAAGCCUUUGUCACAAAGGAGAGCCAGGUCUCUGGACAGGUCACAAGACCCCAGGAAGAACUCAGAGUCAUGGGAGGGCCAGUGCCUUUCCCUGCCUGCCACCCCUUCCAGGCAGGCACCUCCCAGGAGGGCCAGCGACAGGAGCGGGCGUCCCAAGAGCCCAGUGUCUCCAGAGGCUCCAGGCACCGUGGGCAUAGCCCCCAGCCCGGAGGGGACAAGGGAGCUUCUCCACAGUGAGCAGAGGCCUCUGCGGGACACCAAGAAGGACAAGGCACAGAGUCGGACCCAGCAGGGGUGGCUGAAGACUGCACUGAACUUCUUUCUGAGGACAGGCCCGGAGGAGACCAGAGACAAGGCCAGCAGGAGGGCGAAGGGGAAGGAGGGCCUCCCCCAGCCUGCCGAAACCUCCGAGUGGCCCGGGCAGCCAUCUCCCAGGAAGAAAGCCCAUGACAAGAAGGGGGGCCGCAAGAAACACGGUCACAAGAAACAUGCUGAUGAGGAAACCAAGGGGACCGACGCCCAGGAAGCCGAAGGCCAAGAGGCAGUGCCGCCCCCGACGGCUAUGGCCUCAAGGUCCCAGGAGACUGACCUGGGCCCGGGACCCAGGGGCGGGGAGGAUUCUGAUCUCCACCAGUCCUUGCUCCUCGAGGGCCCGAAUGCUGGCAUCUCAGAACCUUCUUCGCAAGCCACAGGCCACUGGCAGGUUGAGAAGCUCAAAAAGCUUGACCAGGAUACUAUCAUCCAGAUGAUAGUGCAGCUGCUCCGAGACGUGGGAGACCAUUUGGAAGGGGAGGUCAAGGACCUGACUCAGUUUCUCUCAUCUCCCCCACAACAACUUCAAGCCCCUGAGCCAGAGGUGGCUCCACAAAACCCGGCAGCAGGCCUCAGGAAGAAAUCCCAGGAGAAGUCUAACCUCAAGAGAACCAUUUCUCAUAAGAAGCAUGGCUCUGAGGAGCCCAAGAGUGCGGGGGCUGCAGACGCUCCCAGGCCGGGGUCCCGGCCGACCAAGAGGCCCAGCUUCCUGUACCUGUGUUUUGGGGGCCACCGGCCCUCCAUCUCCAACAGCCUUGACCUGGAAGAACCUCAAGUCCAAGAGGCCUUGUCUACAGACUGUGGGGAUCUACAUCCCUUCGAGCCGUCCACCCAAGCAGGAAGCCAGGGGCCUGGAGAGGACUUGCAGCCGGACAGAGCCUCGGAAUGCAGAGAAUUUAUCCAGAAGAUCAUCACCCUACUCCAAGAUGAGGAGGAGCAGGAGGGAGAGCAACUUCAAGUCCAGGAGCUAGAAGGGGCUCUAGAAAACCUGGUCCAGCCCUGCAGGAAGAAAUCCCAAGAGAAAAAGUCCAGCUUCAGAAAAGCCUUUUCUCAUAAGAAACACAGCUCCAAGGAGCCCAAGAGAGUGGGGGCUGCAGGUGCCACCAGCCCCGAGUCCCGGCCACCCAAGAGGCCCAGCUAUCUGCCCCUGUGUGUCGGGGGCCAUCGGCCCUCCAUCUCCAGCAGCCUUGAUCCAGAGGGUCUUGAGAUCUGGGACUCUUCGCCUGCAGAAGGGGGACAAGUUGGGUCCUCAGAAGCACCCUCCCAGACCAGAGGCCACACGCCGGAAGGGAGACCUCUGCCGGAUGGAGCACAUGAAUCUAAGGAGCUGAUCAUCCAGAAGCUGAUGGUCCUUCUCCAAGGGAUAGAUGGCCAUUUGGGGAAGCAGAUCAGGCGACACCCCAGCUUCAAGAAGCUUUUUUACCAGCUCCCAGACUCCUCCCUCAUAAAGCUGGAAGCCACCCUGCGCAGACGGGGCACCCACUCCCUGGAGCCCCACAGGGACCUCACCGAGAGGCCCUACCAGUUUGCCUUCAGCUUGGCUAACAAGUUUUCUGGCAAAAAUUGUCAUGCCACCCUCAGCCUGAUGGGUCUGCACUACCCCCAGUUCCUAUGCAAGGAGGCCCAGCAGAACAUCACAAGUCCUGAUGUCCAAAGUCCAGAUUGA